AGAGGGGGACUGACUGACCCCCCAUUAUUGAAAACUGGCGAUACCCAACUUUUCUUUAACCCUUUAUUUUGUAUAUUUCUCCCUCUCUCUGUAGUGGGUAUAAGCUUUUUCACUGAGAGUGAGUGAAUUCCCAUUUGGGUUUUGUAUAAUACAUUCAGUUUACUCACUUGUACAGUGAAUUUUACGAAAAGGGUCGUCGCCGGAAAUGGGUAUUUUCGCCGGAGAGUCGUCGUUGUCGUAUUCAGGGAAGCUGAAGAGAGUAGUAAAAAAGAUUCUUGUUCAGACUUGUGGGUCAUUUCGUUGUGGAUACCAAAACCCUCCUUCUGAUGAACCUGAUAACAACAACAACAACACCUCUGAGUUUCCAUAUCCGGCGAAUAAUCUCGAGCUGUUUAAUCAUACUUCUGUAAUUAAUCCCUCACGAUUAGAUUCUACUACUAACACACCUUCUAACAAGAACUUUUGUCCAAUAUGCCUGGAUUCAUUGAGCUAUAGCUGCGACAGCAGCCCAGGACAGGCUAUAUUCACAGCACAGUGCUCUCAUGCUUUUCACUUCGCUUGCAUAUCAUCCAACAUCCGCCAUGGCAAUGUUACUUGCCCCGUUUGCCGUGCACAUUGGACCCAGCUACCUCGGACAUUGAAGAUGCAUUAUUCUCCUCACAGCAAUCAGGCUGAUCCCAUUCUCCAGAUUCUUGAUGAAUCAAUUGCUACUUCUCGGGUACAUAGACGUUCCUUUUUACGUUCUGCUCGCUAUGAUGAUGAUGAUCCAGUCGAGCCUGACCAUACAUCAAAUAUUCACCGUUUGCAUCUAUCUUUAUCACCUGUCCCUCACAGUACCUCUGUGUUUGAUCCUUGCUCAAAUCCGAAGUCUAGCUUUAGUUCAUGCCAUUAUCCUCAGCAUUGUUUAGAACCUUCACAAUCAGCAGCACAACAUUUUGUAGAAACUGGGCUGUCCCCCCUGGUUUGCAGCUCCUCUAGUAGUGCGUAUCUUUGCUUAAAAUUGGCACAUCAGCCAGCCACUGACUUAGUCUUAGUGGCAAGCCCAAAUGGACCUCACCUGAGGCUUAUGAAACAAGCCAUGGCAUUUGUGGUAUUUUCAUUGCGGCCUAUAGACCGUUUGGCUAUUGUUACCUACUCUUCUGCCGCAGCACGUAUCUUCCCUCUCAAGUGCAUGACCUCUUACGGGAAACGCACAGCACUUCAAGUUAUUGAUAGACUGUUUUAUAUGGGCCAAGCUGAUCCAGUAGAAGGACUCAAGAAAGGAGUAAAGAUACUAAGAGAACGCAGCCACCAAAAUACUCAUUCUUUUAUUCUACAUCUUUCUGACAAUCCAACAAGAUCUUUCCAUGGGUUUCACUUGGAACUUCCCAUUACAAUCCAUAAGUUUCAUGUGGGAUUUGGAUUUGGUACUUCAAAUGGAUUCGUCAUGCAUGAGUUUGAGAGAUUUCUUGCUAAAAUACUAUGUGGUGCAGUUAGAGAUAUUGCAUUGAUGAUUGGAGAGGACACAAGGAUCGUGAGGCUUGGAGAAUUGCGAGGGGGUGAGGAGAGGAGAAUUCCAUUGCUUUUGGAAGAGUUAGACAAAGUUCGCGUGGUAUAUACCUACAUUGAUUGCAUGAUGGAUGAUUCUGUUAAAACAGGUGAAGUUGUAGUCGGAGUUGGUGACAGGAAAGAACUGACGGAUACUAUUGACAUUGUUGAGAACACUGGUGGAAGAAGUAGCAGCGUUGAGGGCUGGGAAUAUCAUGAUCCAUUCAUGGCUAGACGAUGGGCUAAGCGUCUACAUGGCUAUCGGAUAUGAUGCUCAUGUCCCUGAAGUCCUUGAUCCCAUGAGGCUGAUCUAUUAAUUGAACAAACAUUUUUUAGAAUCUGCAUUAUAGGUGUGUGAUCUUGAAAUACAUGAAGAUAGUUUCUUGUAUAUCUGUGUUCCCAAUUUUUGUAUUAAAGAAUCUCAGAUGAUUGAUUGAACUGUUAUGAAGUGUUUAAUGUUUUACAAGGUACUUUCCCCAA